AUGCCAGUCAUAGAAGCAAAUUCCAUCUCAAUCAACUACCUCCUCUCAGGCUCCUCCGACGGCGACCUAAUCGUCCUCAUCAACGGCCUCGCAGAUGACCUCACAACCUGGGAUGCCCAAGUCCCCGCCCUGCUGAAGGCUGGCUACCAAGUCCUCCGCUACGACAACAGAGGCAUAGGCAAAACCUCCCGACCCUCAGGCCCCUACACUGCGGAGCUCCUAGCUGAUGACUUACACGCGCUCCUCAAACACCCAGACCUCAAUGUCUCGAAGUUUCAUCUUCUAGGCGUGAGUAUGGGCGGCAUGAUCGCGCAGUCCUACGCGCUCAAGUACCCCAACGGCUCACGGGAAGCCGACGGAUUGGAGAUGCGGUCGCUAUCGCUCUGCUGCACGUACGCCCAACCGACGCCCUUUUGCUCGCGGAUGUUUGCGCUUUGGGCGGACAUGGCGAGGAGGAUGUCCGUGCAGGAUGUUAUGCGGGAUGUUACGCUCUGGGCGUUCACAGUUCCGUUUUUCCGAAAUCGGACGGAGGAGAUGGAGGAGGUGGAGGAGGCGAUGAGGGGGUUGGAGAUGGGGACGGAGGAGUAUUUGAGUCAGUUGAAUGUUAUCCAGAAGUUUGAUUCUAUGGGGGCGUUGGAGAGUUUGAGGAUGCAGGGGCAGGGGUUGGGAGGGUUGGAGGGGAGGAAUGUGUUGGUGCUGGCGGGAAAAACAGACAUUCUCAUCCCGGUUGUGCUGAGUAGGGAGUUGGCGGAGAAGGUUGAGGGGGCGGAGUGGGCGACUGUGAAGGGGGGGCAUGCUUGUCUUUGGGAGUUUCCAGACGACUUCAACAAGGCCAUCAUAAAUUUCCUCGACCAACAUAGGAUAUCAAAAUCAUGA